GCCAAGGCAAGUUUGUGUUUCAUUGUAGGCUAGACAACUAACUGACCAUGGCUACUGAAGAAAGUUCCUUAGUGACAGAACAGACUGAGUCCAAAGUCCUGCCUGACUCUACCUACCCUCCAUGUGAUGAUGCAACAGUAUGUAACAAAGAUGAAAUGAAACGAGAUUGUGCCAGACAGGAAGAGGCGGGCGCAACUCUCUGCCAGCACUUCCUGCGAGGCAGGUGCCACUUUGGAGACAGGUGUCACCACUCUCACAGCAUGCCUUCUUCUGACACUGUUGACAUGCCCGAGGAAGACCUGGAAUGUUGGGAUGACUCAGAGAAAGAGAAGAACAAAAAGAAGAGGAAAAAAAUAUCUAAGUCACAAAAGAAACUGACAGAGUCAGAGAACACUGAGCCAGAAAAGAAGCCUCGAAUGCGCACAGCUGAUGAUGUUAUCAACAGAAUCCGCUGGGACUCAGCGAUAAACUCUGCUGAUUUCGUGGUGGGCCACAUAGACCGCUUCCUUGGAGUGCUAGAAAGGCCGUUUGAUGAGUUUGCGUGGGACACAUCUGUGUCAGACUGCGACUACUCCGAGGAGCUGGCCCUCCCCAGACACAGGAUCCAGUACUUCACCUACCGGGGGCAGCGUGUGUGGGAUCGAGAUAACAGGACUGACCGAGUCUUUGGCUCAACAGGACAAACUGUAAUGCCCCCUUUUGGUGGUGAAGCCCAACAACAAGCAGAAGAUAUGAGACAACAAGCCGAAAACAAUCUGGAUGCAGCAACAACUGAAGAACAACAACAGAUGUCACACAGGGAACAUGAAGAGAGUAGUGAAAAUACCACAGAAUCGUCAACGAUGGAACAGGAGCACACAAGAACCAGAGAUGACAGCAUAUGUGGGCCAGAUUUAGAAGUGAGCCCUUUUAAAGAUCCAGGUGGUACUUCAGGAGGCAACCACCAAACAGGAAAUGGAAUCUCCUCAGAUGAACCAGAGUCUGGUGAGGAUCACACCUUAUUACAGCAGCUGUCAAUCUCCCAGAAAGACAGCGGCAUUAAAGGUGACGCAGAGGAAGAAUGGAAAGGUGACUGGGAUGGAGAAGAAGGGAAAGAGCACCUGCAAUGGGAUGGUGUAACCCCACAACCUCCUAUCAGGCAGACAAAGAAAACCAUUCAGGUCGGUCCACCCAGAGUAGCCCCAGGUCCUCAGGAGCCGAGUCCAGAGCUCCAGGUGCCAAAGCCAGUGUCCCAGCCACCGAAACCUGGGCGGGUGAAAUGCAGACCCACUCACUUCAUCACCUUUCGGGUUGACUCCCCCGCUGUCCUCCACGCCUUCCAACGCCUUCAGGCCAAGGUGCUGGCCCACCUGCCCCAGUCGGAACGUCACUGGCACAGCCCUGCGAAGCUCCACGUCACCCUGUCCCUGCUGGUUCUCCCCGGACCAGCUGAAGUGUGUGCAGCGGCCGAGCUGCUCCGGACCGUCGUGAGGACGCUCCGCAAACCGCCCAUAUCUGUCACUUUCACUCCAAAGCUGAAACACUUUGCUGGGAAGGUUCUGCACUUAGUUCCCCAGCCUCUGUCUGACAUCCAGACCCUGAACGCGCCCAUUCAGAAGGCAUUCAGACAGGAAGGCUGGUUGCAUCGUGAUUCCCGAUGCCCCAACUAUCAUAUGACCCUUGCUAAGGCAGAAGAUGAUCGACCAUUUGAGAAUGUGGGGGUAAUCAAGCUGGGGAAGGACAUCAACUUUGGGAAGUUGGAGGUACGGAAGCUUUACCUUUGCAGCGUUAAGUCACCUGAGACAGAGAAUGGAUUCUAUGAAACAGUCUGUGCAGUUACCUUCCCGGAAAUAUAACAAUGUAACAAAGUAUGAUAGGUUAAGACACUCCGUCCUAAGAAGAAAUAAGAAUGACCGCACAUCUGAUUAUCUGCAGUUCGUGGCAUCAACUUUAUGGUUAUGGUUAUUUGGUUAUUUAUCUGUGGUGUACAUGUAAUUAUCUGGUGGGAAAUCACUUUGGCCAUAACCGUCAGAGGUGGGAAAAUCCAGUUUCAGUGAGUAAAAGUUCUACCACAUACAGUAUCAGUGCCAACCAUUAAUGUAAUCCAGCUGAUUCUAAUUAGCACAACUCUUCAGCUAGAGCAGCUAAUUGAUGAGAUCACCUGUGCUAAGUGCACAGGUAGAACCAAAACAUGAUCGGACUAUUACCCACUGAAACUGGAUUAUUCCACCUCUGAUAUCCGUUGAGACCAGUAAUGUAGAAAGGCAUGUUAAAAUCUCUUUUUUUUCAGAUAUCUCUAUGAAACACAAGUAAAUAUUUAAAGUCACUUUGCAUAAUUGUAUACAUUUAUAAUCUUUCGGAACUGCCCAUAGGUUUUGAUAGUAAAAUAUGUAUGACAUGAAAUGGUAUGAAUCUACAACGAGGCAUUUCAAAUGUGUUUUACUGGCAUUAAAGUUAAGCCCCUUUACAAGUCA